AAACAACAUAUCGAGGCGAAGACUGUACAGAACUGUCAUCGGUAAAAACGAGGCGAACACAAAACUGUUUCAUUUUGUGUCAAAAACUACGUACGUUUUCGUAUAACUGUAAAUAUUAGUAAAUAAUAAAUUAAUAAGCUUAUAAAUAAAUAUAUAAGUGGACGUAGUGUGGCGCGCAACAAAGUUAAAAAGGCUGUAAAAACGUAGACUUUUGAACAAAAAACAGCAACCCAGCGUACGUGUGUUUUCACAGGCAGCCAUUUUGGGCGAACUCAACGUCAGCAGAACGAGCUCCUAAAUUGUACAUAUAUUAAACCUACAUACAUAGUUACGACAACUGCCGUUUUGUGUACCACGCCGGAAGCUUUUGCGCCAACAAAACCAAGCUUUUGUAGCAGACGUAAACAAACCCGAAUCCAAAGCAAUGGCCGAUGAAGAUAUCACAUUGAACGAGGAUCAGCUCCUGGAGUCGCUGGAGGAGACGAACGGGGAGCAAGAGGCUGAGAUCGCCACAGAAAUCGCCACACUGACCGAGGAGGAGGCCAGCAUGCAAAUCGACCCGGAACUGGAGGCGAUAAAGGCUCGCGUCAAGGAGAUGGAGGAGGAGGCCGAGAAGAUAAAGCAGAUGCAGUCGGAGGUGGACAAACAAAUGGCCGGUGGGUCCACCACCGGCUUGGCCACAGUCCCGCUUUCUCUUGAGGAGAAGCAGGAAAUCGACACGCGGUCCGUCUACGUGGGCAAUGUGGACUACGGCGCAUCGGCCGAGGAACUGGAGGCCCACUUCCACGGAUGCGGCACCAUCAACCGAGUAACCAUACUCUGCAACAAGGCUGACGGGCACCCCAAGGGAUUCGCGUACAUCGAGUUCGGAUCCAAGGAGUUCGUCGAGACGGCACUGGCCAUGAACGAAACCCUCUUCCGAGGGCGUCAAAUUAAGGUAAUGUCGAAGCGCACAAACCGCCCUGGACUCUCCACCACAAACCGCUUCGCACGCGGCAGCUUCCGUGGUCGAGGAGCCCGUGUCUCCCGGGCGUGCUGUCACUCCACCUUCCGAGGCGCCAGACGAGCAAUAAGGGGUUACCGUGGUCGCGCCAAUUACUACGCUCCUUACUGAUUAUUGUUUUAUUAAAAUCCCUAGUAAGAUUUUUUUACAAUAUAAUUUCAAAAAACAUUAUUUUAUUGCCAAACUUCUUUGCUAAAUAAAAAAGAGAAAACAAUCGCAACAGAAAACGCCAGAAAAAAUAUCGUUUCAAUAAAAAAUGCAUCCGCAGCAAGAAAACAGGCGAAAAAGAAGAGACCUCGAAAAUAAUAAAAAAUCAACAUGGAAAACGAAUAUCUUGACUUGGCUAUAAUGUUUUUUGAAGCACCCAACACCAAACACCCCCUUUUCACACAUUUUAAUUUUCAAUAAAACAUCAAAAAAAAAAAGAUUAUGAAAAACCAGAAGUUGAUUUAAAAAAACAAAAAACUAUAUACAUCAAUAAGUAUAUAUAAAAGAAGCGCAAAAGAAACACAAACCCCAAUAAAAGAAGUUAAAAGAUGGCAAAAGCAAGUAAAGAAGGAAGAAAAUAAUAAAAAAAUCAAAAGAACACAAGACUCUUGGGAAAGAAGUAAAUCAACAAAAUAUAUUAAAAAAAAGUGUGCGUAAUUUAUAUAUUCAAAAAAAUAUAUAGAGUAAAGAGAAGAUAAGAAAAGAAGUUGAAUUUACUAAACCGAAAAAGAUGAAGACAAAUAUAAUCGAAUUAAACAAGC